UGCUGGCCUGGGGGCUGCAGCGAUGGGCUUUGAGAAGGAAAAUAACAAGGGACGGCUUUCUCUCCAGAACGAAUCGCAGGCCUGACCCAUAUCCCCGCGGGGUGCGGAGCCGGCAAAGGGGCAGGCGGGGGGCCGCCAGGGACGCUCCCCGGAGCGCGCUCAGGUGCAUCAGGCGCUGCUCCACAGCUGCUCCCGCGCCGCCCCGGGAAUGGGCCUCGACUGUAGCCCCAGCUUUCCCGCCCGCAGGCUGGGGGCGGGGCAGCCCCAGCCACAUCCCCCCCCCCCGCCCCCACAUCCUCCGGGCGCUGUCCGUCCGGCGUUCCCAGCGAGAGACAUGGCCGGGAGCAGUGAGAAGGCGCCAGACUCCGGGCGAGGCGUCGUGCUUAUGGAUAAUUGGCCAGGAUACGAUCUGGAUUUAUUCACGUACCCGCAGCACUAUUACGGUGACCUGGAGUGUGUGCUCAUCCCUCACGGCAUCAUAGUGGACAGAAUUGAGCGGCUGGCUAAGGAUAUAAUGAAAGACAUCGGCUACCAUGAUAUUCUGGUCCUGUGUGUACUGAAAGGUGGUUACAAGUUCUGUGCCGAUCUUGUAGAACACCUCAAGAACAUCAGCCGGAAUUCAGAUCGGUUUGUCUCUAUGAAGGUUGACUUCAUCCGACUAAAAAGUUACAAGGUUCUACACAUCCAGUGUCCUACCCAGUCAGCCAGACGUAUUCCCACUCUCUGACAUCAGAGGUACCGGGAUUGGACAAUGGCUGUUCUUUGCAGAAACUGAGCAGAUUUGAAGAAAGGACCUCUACAGAUGAGACCAGAAUUCCACACCUGAAAAAGACAUCUCUCCUAUGGAAGCCUUCUAAUAUAUCAUUGCCCUCUGCUCGCCAGUGAGCAUACAGCCCUUUCCAGUAGGCUAGGCUGGCAGCUCAUGUUAAACUGUGAAAAGGCAGACAAGGAGAAACACCACCCAACAAGACAAAUAAAAACAGUAAGGAAGAAAUGCUCAGGGAAAGAAAGCCCUAGGCUGGAGAGAUGGCUCAGUAGUUAAGAGCACCGACUGGUCUUCCAGAGGUCCUGAGUUCAAAUCCCAGCAACCACAUGGUGGCUCACAACCAUCUGUAGUGGGAUCCAAUGCCCUCUUCUGGUGUGUCUGAAGACAGCUACAGUGAACUCAUAUACAAAAUAAAUAAAUAAAUCUUAAAAAAAAAAAAAGCCCUUACUUUUGCUUGCCUUCUUGCAAUCUCAAGGACAUGUCCACAGUUCUGUGACGUCACUUAAAGAUGAAAUGACAUCUUCCAAGAAAUAGAGGUUUCCUUUCACAAGCAAGCAUUUCUUAAACUAUGAUGAUACCUUUAAACCACAUAUAAUGGUAUCUGUAAUAUCAACCCGCAGGAGGCUGGGGCUGGAGGACUGUGAGUUCAAGGCAUCUUGGGCUAGUAUAUAAUAAGACUUGUAAAACCAAGGUGUUAGUCACAGAAAGCUUGGUGAGCAUAUGCAGCUCCCUGAGUGUGAGCCCUAGAACUGUGGCCAACUGGUGGAUAGAUAGAUAGAUAGAUAGAUAGAUAGAUAGAUAGAUGAUAGAGAGAUAGGUAGAUGACAGAUGAUAGAUAGAUAGAUAGAUUGACAGAUGAUAGAUAGAUAGAUAGAUAGAUAGAUAGAUAGAUAGAUAGAUAGAUAGAUGAUAGAGAGAUAGGUAGAUGACAGAUGAUAGAUAGAUAGAUAGAUAGAUAGAUAGAUAGAUAGAUGACAGAUGAUAGAUAGAUGAGAGAUGAUAGAUAAUAGAUAGAUGAGAGAUGAUAGAUAGAUAGAUAGAUAGAUAGAUAGAUAGAUAGAUAGAUGAUAGAGAGAUAGGUAGAUGUCAGAUGAUUGAUAGAUAGAUGAUAGAGAGAUAGGUAGAUGUCAGAUGAUUGAUAGAUAGAUGAUAGAGAGAUAGGUAGAUGUCAGAUGAUUGAUUGAUAGAUAGAUAGAUAGAUAGAUAGAUGAUAGAUGGAGAUAGGUAGAUGACAGAUGAUAGAUAGAUAGAUAGAUAGAUAGAUAGAUAGAUGACAGACCAUAGAUAGAUGAGAGAUGAUAGAUAAUAGAUAGAUGAGAGAUGAGAGAUAGAUAGAUAGAUAGAUAGAUAGAUAGAUAGAUAGAUAGAUAGAUAGUAGAUAGAUGGCAGAUGAUAGAUAGAGGAUAGAUAGAUAGAUAGAUAGAUAGAUAGAUAGAUAGAUAGAUAGUAGAUAGAUGAUAGAUAGUUUUAGUAUGGUAGUGCUGAUGGAGUUUGCUAAAUGUUCAGCUGGAUGUAUAAGUAUUGCUUCAGAUGCUACUAUAAUGAAAGUACUGCCUUAAGCGUUUUAUAAACUCAUUCCUACUUGAGCACAUUUUUGAAGACACUAAUGGAUUCAUAUUUGUAGAGCACAAUAGAAACAGAAGAAGAUGUCCAAAUAUUAUUUCCAUGGGGACAAAAUAAGUAACCGACAUCCAUUAAGCAAAAUCAAGACUAACAUGACAAGAGAACAAGAACAAAGGAUUUGUUUCUGCAAUUAAAAGUAAACGAGCUUCCAGUGGCUGCUCCUAAUCCCCUAUCCAGCCUCCACCCCUACCCUCCACCACAUUUCCCUGCCUCCAUCACAGAUAGCCAAUGCCAGCACUUUGCCUUCCCAGCAUGCUUUGUACUAAGUUAUGGGCCGGUGCCCUGGAGAAGAAAGUCAAGCUGAGGAGAAGUCUUCCCAGAGGAGUGAGUUAUUUCUCCAGUUUAAAAAACAAACUACACUAAUAGAUGAAAUCUCUCUGUGUGGAGAAAGAUAUUAAUUUAAAAGAACCCUGCAACUGUGGUAACUUUCUUGAGACUAUGAGAUGACCAAGUAAAAGGCAUAGCUAAUGACUGAAGGUGGCAGGGAGGAGAUAAAACUUGGAUCGUUGAUGGCACCAGUGAGCCAGGGCCUUAUUGGCUAACAGGAAAAAUUUUAAAUAUAUGAGAUGUGGGCCACAAGGGAAGAUCUUGACGUUUAGAUGGCAAAACAGAGCCUUGCAGAAGAGAGAGACGUGGCUGCUAGGGUUCCAGUGGGCACAGUGGUGUGUAACCCGUUCUCUCCACAAAUAGUUACACUGAGUAUCUGACCCUGUUCUGUGAGACAAGAUUUUAGGGAGUGGACAAAAUGGAUUCCAUGACAUUUGGGACUUCACACGUUUUGGGGCAGAACACAUGAGAAUUGGAAAUAAAUGGAAGAUAUGAACUAUGUCAGGGAGAGUACUAGGAGGAAAAGUAAAGUGGGCCACAGAGAUAAGAUGGACUUGAAGAAAGUGGGGGCCAGAAGUCAGGGCAACUAGCUGCUAAUUGCAGACUUUUGAAGCAGAGACUAUGGAGACAUGGAGAGGUAAGUGAGUUAUGGACAGCGGGUACGGAGAAACCUUAGGUGGGGAUAUGUUUGGUACAUUUGAAGAAAAGCAAAGGCAGCCAAAAGAAAGCCAGCUGGAGACACUAACUGACUAAGAGGUAAAGAGAGGUAAGAUACUGUUGAGUCUGGCAGAGCAUGGUAUGGACUUAGGCUUUUGCUUUGAAAAGGUGGGGCGUUUUUCUUGGGAUUUGAGUAUAGCACAUGAUCUGACUCAUGUUUUAGGGAUUAAGUCAAAGUUCAAAGCAGGGAGCUGUUUGGGAAUCCAUUGCAGUGACAGACAGUGCUGUCUUGAGCCAGGAUACUGACAGAAGACAUGGUGAAAAGUGUUUGGGUGGUGAUAGCUAGGUCAGAAGACACAGUGAAAAGUGUUUGGGUGAUAGCUAGAUCAGAAGACAGGGUGAAAAGUGUUUGGAUGAUAGCUAGAUCAGAAGACAGGGUGAAAAGUGUUUGGAUGAUAGCUAGAUCAGAAGACAGGGUGAAAAGUGUUUGGGUGAUAGAUAGCAUGUAGAGAGACAAAACAAUUAUUGAGGAAUUUGAUACUAGUAGACUCCAGGAUUGGGCCUGAGCAAAAAUAGGAACUGAGUUAUCAUUCAUUAACAAGGAAAAGAGGGAACCAGGACUUUGAUUUCCGCCUAUUUGUUCUUUGAUCCUCAUUGGUUAGGCAGCAAGAAGGAUGAGUCAGAAGCCUGAGUGAGGUAAUCAUUUUAAAAGUCGAGUUUUUGAUAAAGAGUGGAUCUGCCAGGGGAUGAGAGUACAUAAAGAAGAAUUCUCCGUAGAAGGCUAGAGUCUGGGUAGAAACUAGGAAGCCAGGAGAAACCCAAUGAAGAAGUAUGAGGAGGAGCCUGCUACAGGGACCCAUGCCCUGGGAAUCAAGUGGAAAGGGGUUGUCCUGCCACCAGAUAUACACAACUGAUGCACCAAUCGAGAAGACUGAAACCUCACCUGCAACUUCAGCACUUGGGAGGCAGAGACAGGAGGAUUGCACGUUUGAGGCCAGCUCAGAUUGCAUGGCAAAACUUUAUCUCAAGAAAAGAAAGAAAGAAAGAAAGAAAGAAAGAAAGAAAGAAAGAAAGAAAGAAAGAAAGAAAGGAAGAAAGAAAGGAAGAAAGAAAGAAAGAAAGAAAGAAAGCAAGCAAGGAAGGAAGGAAGGAAGAAAGAAAGAAAGAAAGAAAGAAAGAAAGAAGGAAAGAGAGAAAGAAAGAAAGAGAGAAAGAACAAAAGUAGCAAAAAAUCAAACCAAACAUCAAACCAAGAAAAGAAGUUGAACUCCAACCACCAAAAUUAUCAAGAUGAAUGUGUACCUGGUACUAAUAAGCCUUGAUGUACACAACAACAAUGAAUCCUAAGGGUGAUCUCAAGCAGACUCAGACUUGAAGAUAACUCCAUAGCUGCCUGACUUAGGCAAGUCUCACCUUGCCAGUGAAUCACCAAAGUCUACUUUGGGAAGGGGGUCUGUCUUAGUGAGGGUUCUAUGUCUGUGAAGAGAGACACCAUGACCACGGCAACUCUUAUAAAGGAGAACAUUUCAUUGAGGCUGUCUUACAGUUUCAGAGGCUUAGACCAUUAUCCUCAUAGCAGGAAGUAUGGCAGUAUCCAGGCAGCCAUGCUGAAGAAUGAGGUGAGACU